AUGCUUUUGGUCCAUACAGCCGUGGUUGCACUCUACGGCGAAAACACUGGUGUAGGGACAAGCAAAAAAAAUAUAUCUGCCCCUAUAUUUAAUUUAUACCCUGGCCACCCCGACGGAAAGAAGGGAGCUAUCCCUGUAGAGGAAGAAUCCUGGGAGGAACACCACAAAGUACUGCACAUUAAUGAAGACCCUUUUUUUGAGAAUUCCCAUUUGGGGAGAUUUUUAAGCGAAGAUAGAAUUGACAUCAAAAACAAUAUAGGUAGCCCUAGGGACUCAUUUGAGAGCUACCGUCUACAGGUUCCAUUCGAAAUGACCAGAGAGGAAUUAAAAAAAAGGAUUGCUUAUUGUGGACGUUUAUUUAUUCAAAAGAAAAGAGUACAUGCAGCAAUUUAUGUGUACAUUAAUUAUUUAAGAGGUAAAUAUUACAAUAUGAUAAAUGAAUUAAAAAGCUCAUUUCUAGAAUUAGCAUCUAAAAAUGAAUUACCCGAAGAUCUUCAAAAGAUGUAUUGGAGACAAUGUGAAGAAGAACUUCUACGAGAUUUAGUAAUUAUGGAAAAUAUAUCUGAGAAAUAUUUUCAAUCCUUGUUGAAUAAUAAAGUAAUUUUCACACUGCAAUUUAAUUGGACCUUGGGGGCACAUGAAGCCUUCUGGUUUUCGGACAUGUUCGAGAAGGAACUGAAGUGGAACAAGAUCCUCUCCGACCGGGCCAAUAACUACCUACUGCGCUGA